AUGUCGCUCGCUGACGGCCUGGUCGACGUUCAUCGCUGCACUUCACCAACGAGGCCGAGUUCUUCGUGGACAACCGACUCUCUGUUUGCGGACUCGGCAAUCAGCGUACAGACGCCUGCACUCCAGAAAGAGACAUAUCCGUUUGGGUCAGGUGAUGCGCCUCGGGAGUGCGCCAUUGCAGAUCGUCUCAGCGGCUUGGUCUCUGAAAUCUGGGCCUGCGAGCAGGACGGCGGGAUUCGAGGCGAAAAACAAAGGAAAAUCACAAGGGCCGUAGAAGCGAUCGAGGCGGCAUUGGAGCGUGACUCGCUGUCGGAGGAAGGUAGCGAAGCAGAAACGACCCUUCCCACUCAACCCCCAAUCACACCGGAGCCUCCCACGACCCCCAUCACAGUGAGCGAUCUGGAAUCGAUCCGGACUUGCUUGGCCGCUACCGUUGAGUCCAUGCGCAUGCGACAACAAGAGCAGCGCCACCUGCAUCAUUUGACAACCGAAAAGUUAGAAGCAGUCGCACAAAAGUGUAUCCAACAGGAAACCCGCCUGCGCGAGUUUAGCGGAGAGAUCGCAAGCCUCAAGGAAGACAAUCAGUUCUUGAGUCAGGAAAACCAGGUGCUCCAUGUCCAACUGAGCAAUGCUCAGUCUGAGUGUGCCAGGAAGGAGAUCGCCAUCAAGGCGAUGUCGAGCGCCGUGUCAGGGCUGGAGGGAUAUGUUAAUGGCUCGCCCGUUCCAAAGAGGCCGGCUGAUUCUCCGAGGAUAGUCUACCGAGGAAAGGGCAGGUUUCGUGGUCGCUAUUACGCGGACGAGGCCGUAAAAGAGCCGAUGGGUGAUGACCUUGAUGUACCUGCCGAUCCGAAGGCUCUACACGAGGGUGUUACGGCGUGGCUUCGAGGUUUUCGGGACGUGGAAGAAGAGUUGAGAUCGGCUCAGGGCUCUGCUAAAGGUGCUCGUGCAAAACAGCCGCAGAUCAAACCGAGGAUCUUUCAGGAUGACUGGGGCGAAUUUGAGACGGCCACUAGUACAUGA